GCAUAAGAAUCCCUGAUUGUGCACGUGCUGCACAAGCACCGUUAACUAUAAAGUGAGCAAAGUAUGAAAGAACCAUCUGGUUGAGUUUUCAGUUGGAAGGCCACCACAUCCACCAGAAGACCCAGGAUGGAUCUGCACCAGAGCACUGCCAUCACUUUCCUUGAGAAAUGGUGUUCAGAUAAGUCACCAUCUGCCUGCAGGAAACAUCAUUAUGUCAGGAAAAAACUGAAGUUAAUUCGAGUCUUAGGCCUUUUCAUGGGCCUUGUAGCCAUCAGCACUGUCUCAUUUUCAAUUGGUGUCUUUUCUGAGACAGAGACACAGAGCACAGGGGAGGCCAGUGGUGCAAACGGUCCUGGGAUAGCACACGGUUAUCGGCAGAGAACUCUCUUAGAUUUAAAUGACAAGAUUCAGGAUUAUACUCCACAGCCACCUGUUUCUCAGGAAGCCAAAUCUGACAAUAGCACAGAUUAUGAACAAGGAAACUACCCGAGAGACAUCUUUUCCCUUGAGGACCGAAGAAAAGGCGCCAUCAUUCUCCAUGUCAUUGGAAUGAUCUACAUGUUCAUAGCCUUAGCCAUUGUCUGCGAUGAGUUCUUUGUUCCUUCUUUGAUUGUCAUCACUGAAAAACUGGGCAUCUCUGAUGAUGUUGCUGGGGCCACUUUUAUGGCUGCUGGGGGCUCAGCCCCAGAACUUUUCACAUCUCUCAUAGGGGUGUUUAUUGCUCAUAGCAAUGUUGGCAUAGGCACAAUUGUGGGCUCAGCAGUGUUCAAUAUCCUCUUUGUUAUUGGCAUGUGUGCUAUGUUUUCUAGAGAAAUCUUGAACCUGACAUGGUGGCCUCUCUUUCGGGAUGUGUCCUUCUACAUCAUUGACUUGGUCAUGCUGAUUAUAUUUUUCCUGGAUAAUGUCAUCAUGUGGUGGGAAAGCUUGCUUCUCUUAACAGCCUACUUUGCCUAUGUGAUCUUCAUGAAAUUCAACGUCCAAGUAGAAAGAUGGGUGAAGCGAAUGAUAAACCGCAAUAAAGUCGUCAAGGUGACAGCACCAGAGGCCCAAGCAAAGUCAUCUACAGCCAGGGACAAAGAUGAACCAACUCUACCGGCUAAGCCACGUCUCCAGCGAGGUGGAAGCUCUGCCUCCCUCCACAACAGCCUCAUGAGGAAUAGCAUCUUCCAGCUCAUGAUUCACACCCUUGACCCACUCGCUGAAGAACUUGGAUCAUAUGGAAAACUAAAAUAUUAUGACACAAUGACUGAAGAAGGGAGGUUCAGAGAAAAGGCUUCAAUUCUCCACAAGAUUGCUAAGAAGAAGUGCCAGGUGGAUGAAAACGAGAGGCAGAAUGGGGCUGCCAAUCACGUGGAAAAAAUCGAGCUGCCAAACAGCACCAGCAUGGAAGUUGAGAUGACGCCAUCCAGCGAUGCUUCAGAACCUGUACAAAACGGAAAUCUCUCCCACAGCAUUGAAGCUGCUGAAGCCCAGACCGGUGAUGACGAAGACGGCCAGCCUCUCAGCCUGGCCUGGCCUUCCAGCUCUCGCAAGCAAGUCACUUUCCUGCUUGUCCUCCCCAUAGUGUUUCCUCUCUGGGUCACCUUACCUGACGUCCGCAAGCCUUCGGCAAGGAAGUUUUUCCCCAUCACGUUCUUCGGCGCCAUCACCUGGAUCGCAAUAUUCUCUUACUUAAUGGUCUGGUGGGCACACCAGGUUGGAGAGACCAUUGGCAUUAGUGAGGAGAUUAUGGGUCUGACCAUGUUGGCUGCUGGGACCUCUAUCCCGGAUCUUAUCACCAGUGUCAUAGUGGCCCGCAAGGGGCUUGGUGACAUGGCUGUAUCCAGCUCUGUUGGAAGCAACAUUUUUGACAUCACCGUAGGGCUCCCGCUGCCCUGGCUCCUCUACACCUUCAUCCACAGACUGCAGCCUGUGGCCGUGAGCAGCAACGGCCUCUUCUGCGCCAUCGUCCUCCUCUUCAUCAUGCUGCUCUUCGUCAUCCUGUCCAUCGCCCUCUGCAAGUGGAGGAUGAACAAAGUGCUGGGCUUCAUCAUGUUCGGCCUCUACUUCGUGUUCCUCGUGCUCAGCGUGCUCCUGGAGGACCGAAUCCUCAUGUGCCCGGUCUCCAUCUAGCAGGAAAAGCCAUCCCUGGGACCAGCGGCCUGGACCGGCCCUCCCGCUCUGGGCUCCAGGCUCCUUGACAACUUGAGAAGAAGCGGCUGGCGCUCAGCCCCGGGCACGGGACUGUCCCUCCUUGGUGGACGUGAGGAGGGGUGACUCGCACUGACCCGCCCGCUUCACGGG